UUAUGGUUCGGAACAAUUAGAGGGACCGCCAGAGGGUAAACAAGUCUCCAGCCGGCGACAGCUGUUGUGGGAAGGUCUUCGUUAUUUGUCCCAAGUUACCGAAGUUGGCGUCAACCAUGGCUCACACUGACGGAGGAAAGAAGGUCUUAUUCAUCUGUCUGGGAAAUAUCUGCCGCUCACCUAUAGCAGAGGCUGUAUUUAACCAUGUGCUGAAGGAACGAGGUCACACAGAUUGGGAAGUAGAUUCUGGUGCCAUUGGCUCAUGGCAUGUUGGACUUGGACCUGAUUCAAGAGCUGUCAGUGUCAUGAAGCGCAACAAAAUACCAAUGAAUCACAAGGCUCGGCAGCUCAAGAAAGCAGACUUUGCACAUUAUGACUACAUUUUUGGGAUGGACCAUGAUAACAUUUCUGACAUCAAAUCUCGGGCACCUAAGACGUACACAGCCAGCAUUGAACUGUUUGGUUCAUAUGACCCCAAAAAGGAGCUAAUUAUCAGAGAUCCAUAUUAUGAUGAUGAUGAUAAAGGUUUUGAGAAAUGCUAUGAACAGUGUCUACGAUGCAGUAAUGGUUUCAUCGACUCGUUGAAGUAGCCUUUGGCAAGCUGCCAGAGUAACUAAUUUUCAUGGCAACUACACGCUGUCUUAAUUAUAUUGUAUCUUAAUUGUUAUUUGUUUUUACCUGUUUUUAAACUUAAAUUAAUUAGUAUUUUUAUACUGUAUUACAAUAUUUAAAAAUUAAUUGUUAUGUUUUAAUGUUCAUUCUGCUUAGAAUUAUAACUGGGACUAAAUAAUGUCAAUAUAAUUCCAGUGUAAUUCAAUAUAUAUCCCUAGUAUUAUUUGUGGCAACUCUGUGUAUACUUUUGUUGAAUAAAAUUAUAUUUGACAUAGAA